AUGUUGAAAAGAUAUCCUACGCCCGUAUUGAAGACUUAUUGGCCAUUUUUUGUUGCUGGUGCAAUCGUAUAUUGUGCAAUGGGUAAUGUGACGGAGACUAUGUUAAGAUCUGAUGAAUAUGUCAAUGAUCCAAGAAAUCCAAGAUUCAAGAGAGGUGAAAAACCUGUGGAUUUAAAUAAGAAAGAUUAA